CUGGCCCUUCCAUUGAGUUUGACACACACAUACACCACUAUCAUCAUUCAGUCAUUGGCCUCUUUAUUAGGAACACCUGUACAGUCUAACUCAGCCCAAAGCAGAAGUUAUUAUUUCUCAUGUUUUACACUGAAGCUGUCAACAAGGUGAUAAUUCUACUAUGUGUGUGUUACAGAGCUCGUACAGAACUGAUUAUGAUAAGACUUGUUCUAAUGCUUUGCCCCCACAAACAUUAUAUUAAUGCAUAAUAACAUUAGAAUAAAAGUCCUUAAAUAUAAACGUAUAGUAGAAAUGUCACUUUUCUUACAACAUGUAUUGUAAAAGUAAAAUAAAUUUUUGUUGGUUUGGAUUAGAGGUGGUCUUAAUACAGUGAGUAUCGUCGACCAGACUCCAACUCUGGGACUACACCGCCACCUAGAGGCGGAGCCGGGAGCUGCACGUGCAGGCGCAGACCGGCACGACCCCCCCUCCACCCACCCCCGUCAUGAAUCAGAGCCUCAGAAAAUGAGGCGGCAUCCUUCAGUGAUGAAAACCAGCGCUGCCCGGCGAGUCGUGAUGAAGUGAACCAACGAGCGAGCGAGAGAGAGAGAGAGAGAGAGAGAGAGAGAGAGAGAGAGAGAGAGCGAGACCACCGCCAUCACCGACUGAGCUGCGUCCACAGAGACCCUUCCCGACGCCCACCCUUCCGGACCGGAUCCUCUGGAGGCAGCUGGAUCGGGAUGCGUCCGUCUCCCGGCGCUGCUUGAGAUGAGCAUAAAGACGUCGACGCGUUCCCGUUGAAGCGGCGUUGCGUCUCGUUGCGUUGGACCCGUAGAACCGGCUGAGAGGGGAUCGAGGCUCGAGCCCGUCCGUCCGCUUGCUGUCAACUGUUGCUUAUUUCCUUGUAAAUGAAUCUAGUAAGGUAGGUGAAGCCGCUUCAUACGGAUGUCUCCCCCGGUGAUGUGAUUCAGGAAUAAUAACGCUGGGUUUUAGUGAUGCUGAGACAGAGGAGGAUGCUGAGGUUUUUAAAAAGGUCCACAUUUCUAUUUCAACAUGUGACACUCAGUGAUGCUAGUAGUCCAUUAUUUUGCUCCAGAAGCGUUUUGAAGAGUAGGACACACUUCCCUCCUCGUCAUCAUCUCGCUGCCUCCUCUUUAUGUGUCUGUGACUCACACAACACAACACAAACAAACACACAUCCUGCCUGUGCUCAGCCUCCUUGACUGAUGGACACUAGAGCUGCACUGCAACUUCGUUAGAUGGCGACUACAGCUGGUUGUGUCCGAGCUCUGUCAGAUUCACAACAACUCCACAAAGCGAGAGGACAGCAGCAAAUCCUUGUGUUUGAUGAGCUGGAGAUGAAUUGUUUUUAUAUUGUAGCCUGAGAAACACCUCAAGCUCUUGGUGGUAUUUCCACUGGACUCCACGCUGCAUUAGACCUUUUCAACCUUCAAAGCGGCCUGCGGCUAAUACAUAACAUAUGGAAAUCGGUUGUGGAAAACCCUCUGCGUGUGUGGAAAGUCUGUCCGCAGAGUUAUGGUGCUCCAUAGACUGAUGCUGAACUCAACAAAAGGCUUUAAGAACAAACAGGUCAACAAGGUGCGAUGCGGUGUUUGAAUAAGAACAACGUUCACUUAAUUAGCGCUACAACUAACUAAUAAUGUAUCUGUUAAUUUAUAAAAUAAAUGAAGGUGUCAGCCUCAAAUUGUCAUCACUUGACCAGAGAAAAACAAUACUUAUAUAAUAAUGAAAAAAAGAUUAUAUAUAAUAAUGAAUUCAAAUAAUUAUAAAUGUUAUUAUUUCAAAGCUGUAUCAUCCGCUGCAGCCUGAUUGUGUGUGAGAGCAGCGAUGACGCUUCCAGCUGCUCCUCUCUGGCCACUCAGUGUCUCUGUGCCUGGCCUCUGGCCCGGUAAUUAUCAGGCAGCUUGAUGAAGUCAUUGCUGACCCGAGCAGGCCCGCCGGGCCUGGCGCUGCCUCGCGCAGCUACGAGGGAGUCACUCAGACGGCGCCAGGCCAGUGCUGCAGAAGGACCGGGAAGCUGUUCAUUUGGGACAGAGCCGCACGAUCCUGAGCCGGGUCACUUAGUGUUAAUGGCCACAACAAUGUGUGUGUCUACAAACAGCGGCUGGAAGAAAAGGGGCUUGAAGACGGACGGAAUGAGGAUCACUUCCACUAAAUCAUUAUCUGUCACACUGACUUUUAUUUGUCCCUUUCUGCGAUUUUGAGCUGAAGAUGGUUUAAAAGCGUCGACGUGUAGGAGGGAAGCGUGAUGUUCAGCGUGUUUCACACUCACUCAAAUGACAUUCACCAUUUAAGGCAGUCUACGAGCUUUCAGGUGUUUCUAGCUCUGGGGACUGGGACGUGUGGAGGACUGGCUGUUCUUCGGAUUCAAAUGUGAAAGAAUGAAUAUUUCAUCAGCAUUCCCUCUGAUGGGAACCUCUUUCUCUCCACUAAUCUUGGAACUGUGUGUGUGAGCGCGACAAAAAGAGCGACACAUCACUGGAUCUAGGUCUCUUAUGAAAUGCAGCCCUGCGAGAUGCAGCCUGAACACAGGGAGGGGAUGUGGUUCCUCGGCUCACGUGCCGCUGUCUGUCUGCCUUCCUGCAUGUUAAUUCAAUCACGGGGACGAGGACGGAGACGCAGAAGCAGUCGCAGGAAGACGGGAGGAACCAUGAACGAAACGCGUCGCUUUCUGGUGCGGGAACAGCCAAAAAAGGACAAUCCCUGCACGGCGGUUACCAUGACGACGGUGACAUCAGCCGCGUAGAGCUGCCCCGUGUUUGUUUGGGCUCCACAACAAAGUGGCCCAAUAUUUUCAUGACUAAGCUUCAUUUCCUUGAAACUUCCAAAGCCCAAAGGUUUAUGAACAACCGCGUUCCUCCCAACAAGCGAUACCAGCCCACAGAUUAUGAGCAUGCUGCCAACUGUGCCACGCAUGCGCUAUGGAUAAUUCCCAGUCUGCUGGGCAGCUCGCUGCUGCACUUCCAGUCCGAGGACCAAUGGGAGCGGCUGUCGGCCUGGGUGUACGGCGCCGGGCUCAGCUCCCUCUUCAUCAUCUCCACCCUGUUCCACACUGUAGCCUGGAAGAAGAGCCACUUACGCUCUGUGGAGCACUGCUUCCACAUGUGCGACCGGAUGGUCAUCUACUUCUUCAUCGCCGCCUCCUACUCGCCGUGGCUGAACCUGCGUGAGCUGGGCCCGUGGGCGUGCCACAUGCGCUGGCUGGUGUGGGUCAUGGCGUCCUUCGGUACCACCUACGUCUUCUUCUUCCACGAGAGGUAUAAGAUCAUGGAGUUGAUCUGCUACACGGUGAUGGGAGUCUUUCCUGCCCUCGUCAUCCUCUCAAUGCCGGAGCAGUCGGGGCUGUACGAGCUGCUGGUGGGUGGAGCCUUCUACUGCCUGGGCAUGGUCUUCUUCAAAAGCGACGGCAUCGUGCCCUUCGCCCACGCCAUCUGGCACAUGUUCGUGGCCACGGGGGCGGCGAUACACUACUACGCCAUCUGGAAGUACCUGUACGCGCAGCCGUCCGGCCAGGUCCAGACGUCCAGAUGACAGCGGCGCUGAACCUCGAGGGAGAGGAGACGCGGGCUGUGUUCAGAUUCAGGGGCCGUGAACGGGCAGAUUAACAGAGUAAGACUGACGCUGGUCCUCAUCCACUCAUAAAGUCACUCAGAGCCAUCAGACAGCAGCAGCAGCAGCCUCAGGCUCAGGGUGGGAGGUCAUCUGCCUCCACCGGUUGGUUUUAACCAAAACGUCAUGAGGUGUUUUAGGAAAGUCUCACCUUUAUAAGUAUUUUUGCGACUGAACCUUUUGGUCCUGAAUCCUAUAUGCAGCUGCACUGUAAAGGCCAAUUAGCCUGUGAGACCGCACCCGGGGUAAAAUACCACGCUACGAUGCUUCACGUGUACAGUGAACGGCGCAGGGGACCUGAGUGAGCACAUCGGCCUCUACAUCCACGGCUUCUGCCUCUUAGUUUGUGGCGGCUGCACAGCCAGAGCCGUGUUUACAGAGAUGCAGCCAGUCUAUCGUUCCCACAGACGUGGCCACGGCUUCCUGACUUAUGAGUGGAUGAGGACACUGGACCCGCGUGCAGCAGACCGCAGGAGCAAGCGAAGCAGCUGCUGGCGACAAAUCUGGACAGCUCAUGAAUAGAAACACAGCUUUUUGUUGUUUUACGUCCUCAGUCGAUCUCAAAUCCAAGCGACAGUGUUUGGUUCCAUUCCAGUCAUCAGGGUUUGAACGGCUUCAGCUUCACAACGUUUACGACGAGCUGACGUUUAUAUUAUAGGUCAUUAUUUUAAGUAUUACUGCCAUUCUCCAAAGAGUGUUUGCUUUCAUUUUGUUUUAUUAUCAGUAAUUUACUACUUAAGUCCACAGCUCUAGAUAGUAACAUUACUCUUCUUGAUAUUACUCGUGCUACGGUUUAGCAGUGGUUGCUUUAGUCGGUGAUUUACUGUGAUUUCCAAGUCGAGCAUGACUGUAGAUUCAUUUUCUGUUGAACACAGACAUUGGUUUUUACCUGUGUGCUUCCAUCGUUAGUGGACAACUCGAUUAUCAAACAUGUUGGUUGAAUUCCGAUAGUUCACUGUUGUUGACUAGGUUUAGAAGUGAAACAACGGCCUGUAUUUAUGACUUGCAGUAUUUAUUAAUUUCAUCUAUAUUUUUUUAAUGUACAUAUAUUGUGGGUUGAGUAUCUUCGUUAGCCCAUCCUAAAUGAGCGGGACCCGUCUGAUGAGGGGAACCCUCUGUCAGAUCCAGCACUGCCAGUACUGACUUACUGCCACAACCGAUAGCACAGCCCGACCAAAACCCGACCCAACCACGCGCAUCUCACACUUGAAGGGAAACUGAAGCUAUAGCAUUGUUGAACAAUCUGGCCCGAUAUUAAGGCAUCUCAGGUGUGUGUGUGUGUGUGUGUGUGUGUGUGUGUGUGUGUGUGUGUGUGUGUGUGUGUGUGUGUGUGUGUGUGUGUGUGUGUGUGUGUGUGUGUGUCCCGGUCUAACUGGCUCCCACGAAUCCAAAGCCGCUAAUCGGCCGAGUGUUUACACGUAGAUGAAUUUACACCAUAUUCACAUAACCACAGCAUGUGUGUCCUCAGUGUGUGUGUGUGUGUGUGUGUGUGUGUGUGUGUGUGUGUGUGUGUGUGUGUGUGUGUGUGUGCGCGUGUGUGUGUGUGUGGUGAAUAGGGUUCAGGCCCGUAUCGUCCGACGGCCGCUUGACUGAUAGGUUACACUGGCAGGUAUUUGUACGUCUCGCUGCUGUCUGUCUCUCAGGAUUUGGGUCAUUUAGGCUUAAAAGCAUGUGACGGCACAUUCAAGUCGAUGCCCCACUUGUUUAGGUGAAGUCUGAAGCAGUGACGCGAUGAAAUCGCUUCGCGGGGCUUCAUUUAUUGCUGGCUACGGGUGUUUAUCUCUCAGUAGAGCAGCCCUUCUCCAAAUCUUCUGCCAACUUUACUUUACUGAACUACUAUAAGGCGACCAAACAGGAGAAGGGGAUAAAAGCUGCAAAAUCCACUGUGGAGAAAGGUGAAACCAUACACAACCAGUCUGCCCAGUCAACACAGUCUAAUAUACUUUACCUCUAAUAGUCAGUAUUUAAUCCUCAAUCACAUUUACAAUCUGGCAACCAGUGCAUAAAUGCAGCAUCAUCCUGAUGGAAACGGCCGCUAGUCGUCCUGUCAUUCAUUAUUUUUGCAGGAUGUGAACCCAGGGUUUAUCGUCCGUUGCCUUUUUCUCCUCUCAGCAGGAAGCGUUAAUGUAACAUGAGCUGACUGGGAGUCCCGUUUGCCACACGGUGCAGUGUUUACAUGAACCCGCGGGCGCCUACUGAGAAUCCUCCAUAGACACGUUUGGCCGCUCUGAGAUGACGCGUUGGACGAUUCUGUCUUGUCUUUAUUAUGAUACGUGGCUCAUUCAGACUUACGGCCACUUUAUAUAGAGCUCUGUGAUAUUAUAAACUCUCCGUGAUGCCUUCAUGGACCCUCUGUACAUCAUUCAUAGACGCUCUGUGAUUGUGGAGCCACUGACUCUGUUCUCAGUGCUGCUAGUGUUUUGAUUACAUUGAUUAUAUUAUCCUAUCUUUCUCUACCUUUCUCUGUGUCUCUGUGGUGCUUCUGUGCUGUGAUAAGCCUUUAUGAUGGCGACAACGCUUUUAUCUUUUCUAUCUCUCUUGUAAUAAAAAAGCUUUUUCAUGCAGUUUA